GGGAUUCGCCUUUUUGAUGAAAACAUCAAAUCAACUGAUGCUACAGAAUCGAAAGCCUUGGUCCACAAGCUGGACAAAGUGGACAUCUAUUCUAAUAGCUGGGGCCCUGGGGACAUGGGAUGGCAGGUAGAAGGUCCUGGCAAAAAGACCAAAGCUGCUCUUAAACGCGGAGUAGAAGAGGGACGUAAUGGUUUGGGUGCCAUCUACACAUUUGCAGCUGGUAAUGGCGGUAUAACCCAGGACAGCUGUGCCUAUAAUGGUUAUGUUAACAGUAUCUACACUAUCGCCAUCAACGGUGUUAACGAAGAUGGUUCAAACCCUACUUAUGCAGAAGAGUGUCCUAGUAUCAUGGCAACGGCUUACAGCCGAGACACACUAAGACGAAUUGGGGAAGUUAUAACCAUUGACGGGCAGAACGAUUGCAUUCAGACUUUUGGUGCAUCUUCUGCGUCUACAGCGAUGGCUUCUGGUCUGAUUGCUUUGACUCUUCAAGCUAAUCCCAACCUAACCUGGCGUGAUGUGCAGCAUAUUAUCGUGAGAAGUUCGAGAUCUGCACCAGGAGGAAAGAUACUCCAGCGUGGAGAUUGGCAAACUAACAAGGCCGGAUUUAGAGUCAGUAAAUUCUAUGGGUUUGGUUUAAUGGACGCUGGACGGAUGGUUCACAUUGCCAAACAAUGGAAAACAGUUCCUCCCCAAAUAAGAUGUGAGAUAAAAGGCAGUAAUCUUAACAGCACUAUUAUCCCUGCGACAGUUAAUGUCUCAGUGUCAAACGCUAAUUGUAACAUUACUCACUUGGAACAUGUGCAAGUCAAAGUUAAUCUUCGUUUUGAUCGACGAGGCGAUCUAGGUCUAGAACUAAAAGCUCCAAGUGGCACCAGUUCUCCUCUUACGCGUCGUCGGAAGAUCGACAACCUUACGGGAUUUAAAAAUCUGACAAACUGGAACAUUACAACGCUGUUUAACUGGGGUGAAAAUCCUGUGGGUGAAUGGAAGCUAAUAAUUAAAAAUUUAUAUUAUUACAAUACUAGAGGUAUACUCUACAGUUGGUCCCUGAUAUUGUAUGGAACUUCAUUACAUCCAACAGAAAGUGAUGAAUGGCAGCCAUCUAGGCCUCUUUCCUCAACUUCAACACCUCCUUCAGUAAAAGUUGAUGGUCAGUACUCACCGUGGAGUUACUGGACUCUUUGUAACGAGACAUGCGGUGGAGGAACUCAACGACGUUUCCGCGCAUGCACCAACCCCAGGCCUCAAAACGGCGGUAAAGACUGCAACGAAACCCUACUUGGUCAAUCGACGGAUUCGCAAAGCUGCAAUACACAUCCUUGCCCAAUUCACGGUGGAUACUCGUCGUGGUCCAGAUGGACCAGAUGUUCUGCGACAUGUGGGAGAGGAGACCAGUACCGCUCACGUACAUGUACUAAUCCCAGACCCCAAUACGGUGGAAGAGACUGCUGGGUACUUGGUCAAUCUAAAGAGUGGAAUCCAUGCAAUAUACGACCUUGUCCAGUUAACGGUGGGUAUACACCAUGGUCCACAUGGUCUCAAUGCAGCAGGACCUGUGGCGGCGGAAGAAAACAUCGCGAUCGCCAUUGCACUUAUCCAAGACCCAGAUACGGAGGAAGAGAUUGUAGAGAACUGGGAAAAGCUAAAGAUUCUAGAGAUUGCAACAAACAGUCAUGUCCAGUGGACGGUGGAUACUCACAAUGGACACCAUGGUCGUCAUGUACAAAGACUUGUGAAGAAGGAACUAGAAAUCGAACUCGUUCAUGUACUAAUCCCAGACCACAGCACGGAGGGAGAGAUUGUAGUAGACUGGGAACAGCUACUCAAUCCAGUGUAUGUAACACAAGAAUUUGUCCAGAAAAUAGUGGAUACUCCGAUUGGUCCAGUUGGUCUCAAUGUACCAAGACUUGUGGAGUAGGAACGCAGAAUCGCACUCGCUACUGCAAAAAUUCUACAUCUACGGAAAAGCGUUGCGAGGGACCAGCUUCACAAUCUAAACGAUGCAACACACAGAUGUGCCGAGUCCCUGUGGACGGCCAAUAUAGCGGUUGGUCUGCCUGGUCUCAAUGUACAAAGUCAUGUGGCGGAGGAACAAGGGAACGCACUCGUACCUGUACUAAUCCCAGCCCUAAGAACGGAGGGAAAAACUGCAAGGAAUUGGGUCCAUCUGAGGACAAAGGAUCUUGCAAUACGCAUGCGUGCCAAAGAGUCUGUAAAGACGUAUGGCCAUCGUUUUGUGGAACGAAUGCUUGGAUUUGCAACGAAGAGAGCUGGAAAACAUAUGUGAAUCAGAAUUGUCGAUACAGUUGUGGACUCUGUCAAGUUGAUGGUAGAUGGAGUACAUGGAGUGCAUGGAGUACAUGGGAUCAUUGUUCCGUGACAUGUGGUGGUGGAAUUAAGUAUCGUUAUCGUCAGUGCAACAAACAAAGGCCGAGAAAUGGUGGAAUAAGCUGCAGAGGCAAAGGACGGGAAUCGGAAAUCUGCAACACAAAUGCUUGCCCAGCAAGUAGGGAAUCAGUUUACGUCCAAAAACAAGAAAACGGCGUAGCACCAGUUGGACGUAGCGGCGACAUGCCUGUCGUUUGUAGAGACGUAUGGCCAUCGUUUUGUAGAACGAAUGCUUGGAUUUGCUACGAGGGAAGCUGGAAAACAUAUGUGAAUCAGAAUUGUCGCUACAGUUGUGGACUAUGCCAAGAGCAAGAUAACCGUGGACUUAAUGGCGCUAUCG